CUGGGCUGAGAAGCCAGUCCUAUAAAGAGAUCCUUGGCUGAUUGACUCUAGAAUCCUGGUACUCAAGUCCUACACUAUUUUGGAGAAGCUGAUCCCGAGACUUCAGCACAAUGUCUUACCAAGAGCAGCAGUGCAAGCAGCCCUGCCAACCUCCUCCAGUGUGUCCACCACCAAAGUGCCCUGAGCCUUGUCCUCCACCCAAGUGCCCUGAGCCUUGUCCUCCUCCAAAGUGUCCAGAACCUUCUCCUGAGCCAUGUCUUCCUUCUCCAUGCCAGCAGAAAUGCCCUUCUGUGCAAACUCCUCCACCAUGCCAGCAGAAGUGCCCACCCAAGAGCAAGUGAGCACAUCAGCAGUCUUCAGUACAAGGGGAAGAAAGGAGAAUCCAUCUAUUUUCUUACCAUACCAAUACUUCCAUCUUCUAUUCAAAGUACAUCUUGGAUGCAAAAGAAUCUCCUCCACCAUUCACCCUCCUUAUGCCUGUUAUGUCUCAUAAUAGGGAAGGCAUUUCCCUGAGAAUGUAAUCCUCCUUUUUCCAAUGGAAUGCUGAGAAUGGUCGUCCUUUAUCGAUUCAUAUACCAGAUGUUCUGAGGAAAGACUAAUAGAUAUCCCCUAAGUGCCCUGACAGUAUGGUUCCCAAAUAUGUGUGUCACUGUUGUUCCAUUUGCUGAAUAAAGUAUAAUCUAUUGAUGGU